AUCCCCCUCCGUGUUAUAAAAGGGGGAAUUAAAAUCAUUUAUCCCCCCUCCCCUAUCUUCUCUAUAACAAUUAAAAGUCAUUUAUUCGGUUCGCUAUAUAUAUAUAUAUAUAUUAGAGAAAAUGUCGUUGCGUGGGUGUUGGGUGCAACGACAGCGACAAUAAAACAUUAAUUAAGACCGCUUAUUUUUUUUUGGUGUUUGAUGAGAACGGGUCAAAUUUAGUUUUUCUUCAUCAUCUCUCUCUCUCUUAUAUUGUGUGUAUAUACAAGAAUCAGAAUUGUAUAUAAUCCCUGAGUCUAACCGGCGGGACGAUGCGCGAACACAGUGCAUGAGUGCAAAGCGCGCCGCGUGCCCCACGACACAACGUCGUCGCGAAAAUGCUUAUCGAAUGCACGUACAAUCGUAUAUAGUAUAGUGUAUAAUAAUUAUGCAGUGAGUGUUUAGAAUUUUUUUUAAUUUUGUUACUUUUUCAUUUAAAAGUAACGGCCUUGUAAAAAAGAGAGGAAAAUCUUUUUUGACAGACAUGUCACGAUUUUGGUACUAUAAUUAAUUGUGUGUGUGUGAAUUAGAAAAUUCGAGAGAAUACAAAAAAAAAAAGGAGUGCGGGUUUUUUUUUCCGUUUACACACACCCGACCCGGCUGUCAGGACGCCAUGUUUCUCAAUCGAAAACCGAUGGCGAGGUUUAUCACGCUACAAUUUUUAUCUAUUCUUAUUGCUUUGGCUUCGUCUCAAACUGAUUUGGGACAAUUGGAAAAUGGAGAAUCACAAAAAGAGCCAUCGAUGCACGUUGAAGUGUCACAGGAUGCCGAUGGUAUUGAAGCUGGUAGUAGGCCUUCAUUGACAUGUCAAUUUAGCGAGCCAGGUCAUAUUGUUUGGCUUUCGCCAGGAAGAAAUUUGACCUUCGUUAAAGAGUCAAAGGAUAAAGUCAGAUUAGAUUUGAAACCGGCACGUCGACAAGAUACGGGCAAUUACACAUGUCGUGCACAAACGGGAUCUGGAAAAUUGGUCGAUAAAACAAUUGGCAUUCGUGUUAUAGAACCGGGAAGAAUUGAACCAGGUGAAAAAGUACGUAUGAAAGUAUUGGAACAGGCAACAUUAACGUGUCACAUUUAUGGUGAGCCAAUAAAUAAUUUAAAUUGGUCAAAAGGCAAUGACACGGAUAAUCAAGGAUAUUUAAAGGAUCAUAUGAAUGUUACACACAUUAAUGAAACAUACAUUCAAUUGAUAUUAAAUUUUCCAAGUGUAACACGUAAAGAUAAUGGAACAUACAAAUGUCAAGCUCAAGAUUAUAGUAAACGAAUACUCACCGGUGAGGUACAUUUAUUUGUCAUUGAAGUACCACAAGUUAGUAUUGACUUUAUGAAAGCAGUUGGUGCUAAUAGUAUUUUUUUAAAUUGGACCCUAAACAAUGGCAAUGAACCAAUACAAAGAUAUUUUAUACAAAAUUUAAAACAAGGCACCGAUCAAUGGCAAUAUAAUAAGGAACAAAUAAAAGGCGGUAUCACAAGUUAUGUUCUAAGUGGAUUAGAAAAAGGUACAUCCUAUCAAAUUAAAAUUAGUGCCACUAAUUCUGUUGGUAGUUCGCAUAUUCAAAUUGAUCCACGAUGGAUAACAACGUUGGAAGAAGAUCCAAUAUUUAUUCCAACUGUUGUAAUGAAUGGAGCGAAUGAAAAUUCGAUAACAAUCACGUGGACAACGCCACCGGCACAUUUAAAGGAGCAUGUUCAUUUUUAUAAUUUAAAAGCAACGCACAACGAUGUAAAUCUUGAAACAACUUAUCCAGCAAAACCCGAAUCUUAUUAUGCAUUUAUGAAUCUUGAACCGUCAACAACUUAUACAUUUAAAGUACAAGCGUGCAGCGAAUAUACGAAACGAUGUGGAAAUUGGAGCGCUGAAGUUACUGGCACCACAUAUGAUGGAGCGGCGAGUCCUCCGCGAAAUCUCUCCGUCACGUGUCGUUACGACAAUAUAAGCAGCACCAGUUUUCUGACUCUAAGCUGGGAACCACCAGAGAAGCCAAAUGGUGUCAUUGAUCGUUACGGCGUUAAUUUAGCGGGAAAAUCCAUCUAUCGAAAUGAUUUGGGACGACUUGAGGUCGAUCAUUGGGGACCGAGUGAUAAAAAUGCCCUCGGCACUGCACGCUCUUAUCAUUUUAAUCAGAUACCCCCCAAUACAAAUUAUACGGUGACAUUACGCGGAAUAACGCGACAUCGAAGUACAGGUAAAUUGGCAACAGUAAAUUGUACAAUGCCACCGUCAACGCCCGAUAAAGAUAGUUUAAAUUUACGAACAUGGCGUAAAAUUGAAAAUGAAGGACGACAAUUAUUUAAAUUAUAUUUACCACGUAUCACCGAGAGAAAUGGUCCAAUUUGUUGUUAUCGUGUAUUUAUGAUAAAAUUAAAUCAACAAAUGACAAUUGCCGAUUUACCAUCGUCACCUGACGAUAUACCAGUUUAUUCUUAUAAUUAUGUACAUACGUCAAAUUCAAAUGGCGCAUAUCUUGCCGAAAUGUUUGACAGCGAUCGUUUAAUGACAGAAAUAUUUCUUGGCGAUGGUGAAUCAUUUAAUGGUAGUACUGAAUGCGAUAAAUGCAUUGGUUUACGUCCAAAACCAAUACCAACUGUACUUCAUUUUAUUCCUGAGACAAUGGGAAAUUCGUCAAUUAAUUCAACGACGACGACGACGACGACAAGUACAACGACGCCAAUAAUGACAACGAUGAAUUCAAAUUUUUUGGGAAUAUCAAAUAUUCCAUUGGGAAUUGUUAAUCAAUUGGAAAUGACAACACAAAUUGUGCCUGUUGGAUUUAGUGAAUCGACGGCGAGAAAAAGGAGAGAUGAGACAAAUGGAAGUGAAACUGUGGAAUUGCAACCAAUUCCACCGCAGGAUGGAUUUUUGGAUGAGAAGGCAAAUUAUACGGGAUUCAUUGAAGUUGUUGUUUAUGGCAAUAAAGAGGGACAAGUAUUGACUGCUUAUAGUAGUUAUUUUACUCCACUUUAUGGUGGAAUUGAAGUUUCAACAACAGCAGCACAAGAUUCAACGACACUUGGUGUUAUUCUUCAAAUUUCAAUUUUCAUGAUUUUACUAAUUAUCGUUUUGCUGGUUACGCUUUGUAUUAUGGUGAAAUAUUCGAAAAGAGCUCAACAACAAGGCGAGGAAAUCAUUACAUUAACAGACAGUUUCAGACAUCUUUGCAGAAGUUUAAGAGGUCGUCAUCAAUUGGUAGCGGCAAGUCCACCAGACAUGCCACCAGUACAAAAACUUGAACUCUAUCAAUCAUUUAUUGAACGUCAUCGUAAUUCUGAUUAUGGUUUUCAACAUGAAUUUGAAUUAUUACCCGAUAAAUUUACUGAUCGUACAACGCGCGCUUCAGAAAUGCGUGAAAAUUUAUAUAAAAAUCGUUAUCCCGAUAUUAAAUGUUAUGAUCAAACACGCGUACGUUUAACACAAAUUGAUGGUAUUUGUGGUUCUGAUUAUAUAAAUGCAAAUUUUGUACUUGGCUAUAAGGAGAGAAAAAAAUUUAUUUGCGCCCAAGGACCAAUGGAGAAUACUGUUUGUGAUUAUUGGCGUAUGAUAUGGGAACAACAUCUUGAAUUGGUUCUAAUGUUAACAAAUCUUGAGGAAUAUUCAAAAACAAAAUGUGCAAAAUAUUGGCCCGAUAUAAAUGAGACAAAAAAUUUUGGCGAUAUAACUGUUGAUCAUAUUAGAGAGAGAGCAUAUUCUGAUUAUGUUGUGAGAGAAUUAAAAAUGUCAAGAACUGGUGAACGUGAAUCAAGGACAAUUGUACAAUAUCAUUUUUUGGUAUGGAAAGAUUUUAUGGCACCUGAACAUCCACAUGCAAUAUUGAAAUUUAUUAAAAGAGUUAAUGAGGCAUAUUCAUUGGAAAAGGGGCCAAUAUUAGUUCAUUGUAGCGCUGGUGUUGGACGUACGGGAACAUUAGUUGCAUUGGAUUCAUUGUUACAACAAUUGUCUGAGGAGGGACAAGUUUCAAUAUUUAAUACUGUUUGCGAUUUGAGGCAUCAAAGAAAUUUUUUGGUACAAUCAUUGAAACAGUAUAUAUUUAUCUAUAGAGCGUUAAUGGAAAUGGCACAAUAUGGCGAUACGGAAAUACAAGCAUCGCAAAUGAAAGCCGCUGUUGAAAAAUUAAGACAGAGGGAAAAUGGAAAGGAAAUGUGUCGAAUGGAAGAGGAAUAUGAGAAAAUUGUCGCUGUCAUGGAGGAUAGAAAAUCGUUUUCAGUUGGUGCAGCUGAUGAGAAUAAGGGUAAAAAUCGUGACGAUACAGUAAUACCGUACGAUAGAAAUCGAGUGAUAUUAACACCAGUUCCUGGACGUGAACAUUCAACAUAUAUUAAUGCAUCAUUUAUUGAGAGUUACGAUAAUUCCGAGUCAUUUAUUAUCACACAAGAUCCAAUGGAAUCAACGAUUGCCGAUUUUUGGCGAAUGAUUUCCGAACAAUGUAUAUCGACAAUCGUCAUGCUUUCGGACCUGAACGAGGGAUACAGAAAAUGUCCACGCUAUUGGCCUGACGAUGAAACAAUGCACGAUCAUAUUAGAGUGCGUUAUAUACAAAGUGAGAGUUGUCCAUAUUAUACGAGACGUGAAUUAUGCGUUUCAAAUACAAAAGUCGAUGAGAAUAUUGUCGUAACACAAUAUCAAUAUCAUGGUUGGCCAACUGUUGAAGGUGAAGUGCCAGAAGUGACAAGAGGCCUCAUUGAACUUGUCAAUCAAAUGGCACAAUCAAAUGGCAAUGAAAAUACAACUGGGCCAUUAGUUGUUCAUUGUAGUUGUGGCUCCGAUAGGAGUUCAAUGUUUGUUGCGCUUAGCAUAUUGGUACAACAAUUGAGAACUGAAAAACGAAUAGAUAUAUUUACGACGACAAAAAAAUUACGAUCGCAGAGGCAUGGAAUGAUCAGUUCAUUCGCACAAUAUGAAUUUUUGCAUCGAGCAAUUGUGAAUUAUUCGGAUUUGCACAAUCUUGCCGACGAUGAACCAGCCUCUUAAUGAAGGGAGGUGAAAGGUUAGGCCCGAUGGACUCUGCAAUUUAUUUUUGCUUGCGCUCAAAAAAAAGAAGAAACUAAUUUUUUUUUUUUUUUGAUUGGCCUCUCUUUUUUGUCUCGAUAAAGGUAAUUCAUUUUUCUUUUUUACUACUACCAUUCGAGACAAUGAAAAAACACCUUAGUUUUUUUUUAAUUUUUCAAUUUUUUACCCCAAAAAAAAACUCGACUCUUUAAAUUAGGAGCCAAUUUCGUAAAACUUUUAAUUUAUUCUAAAUUAGAGGGGGGGGGGAUAUUUUUCCGUUUUUGAGAAAUUUUUUUUUUCCAAUUUAGGCAAAUUUUCCAAAAUAAUUUACGAAAAAAACAGUUCCAAAGAAGAAAGUUUCUCUCUUUAAACGAAAAGAAAAAAAAAAAUUAUUUGGGAUUUUUCUUUAGAAAAGCAAUUUGAAUUAAAAAAAUAUCGAAAAAUUGUUUUCUUACAAAAAAACGAAGUAGGAAAUUUUCUCGCCCCUUUUUUAUUUUUUUUUUUUUUCUUUUAAUGAGCAACGCAAGUUUCGUACGUGGAAACCUAUAAAAAAAAAAUGGAGAAAUUUCAAGGAAUUCUCUUUAUUAUCAAAAAUGGCAAUCGUUAAUUUUUUUUUUCCUUUUUUUUUGUCGUGAAAUUAAGAAAAUUGUCAUAUAUAUAUAUAUGAAAAAGAGAAUAUCACUGGAUCGAAUCUCAAGCCCAUAAAGUUACCAGAAUUAAGUGAGGGCUUUCUCGAAAUCGUUGAGGCCCACCGUUUUUACAGUAACUAAAGCGAAAAAAAAGCCCAGGAAGUGAGAGAAAAAAAAAAUGGAGAAAAAAAAAAAAGUACAUUUAAUGAUCAUCGCAAUGUGGAGAGAAGAAAAAACUGAUUAGUUUUACAAGUGUUUAUUUUUUGAACGAUAUUUAUAUAUAUACAUAUAAAUAUUACAUAUAUAUAUACCAUUUAGAUAUAUAUUGUACUUUUGUAAAUUAUUAAUAAUUAAUAAUUACUGAUUACUGAUUACUGAUUACUAAUUACUAAUAUUAGUAACAAGCGAUUUUUUUUACAGAAAUCUUUUUUUAAGAAUCUACUUUUGGUCCCUCAAUAACCAGUGAAUAUAAUAAUAUAAAUUUGAAUUUUAAAAAUCAUUAAAUAAAUGUGCAAAUUUUGCUUUUUUUCAGCCUAUUUUUUUAAAAAUAUUUUUACUGAUAUUUAUUCUGUAUAUUCGCACAAUUUACUAAAUAUUUACAUGAUUAAAUUGAAGGAGAGAGAAAAAAAAAAAGUGCAAUCGAUUUAAUUGUGAUAGAGAAAUUUUUUUUCUGUUUUCUAUUAAAUAAUUGAAAAUUUCAUUUCUUUUUUUCGAAUAUCGAAAGUUUUUAUUUUUUCAAUUUAAAAUCUAUUUUUUUUAUCUUUAUCGGUUUUUUAUAUUAUUAUUAUUUAUUAAUUAAGCUUCAGCCUUUCGGCCCAGAAGUGGACUUGGUUUAAUACAAAAUUAAAAAAUUAUCGGUUUUUUAUAUGAAUAAUUUAAUUUUUUAUAUUUAUAAAAACAGAAACAAAAUUUUUGAAUACAAAAAUAAAUUUUUUUUUGUAAUUUUUCUCUUUUUUUUUUUUUUAUUUUUGUAACAUUUUGUAUCAAAUGGUUUAAAAACAAAAAAAAAAAAAAACGAAAAGAAAGGCGAAUAUUUUUUUUACAAUAGAAAAAGUUAAAAAAUGACGACCAAUAAAAAAAUAAAUUAACAUAACUUAUCGAAAAUAUUAUUAUAGUUACUGUGAAGACGGCGCCUAUUUUUUUUUUUUAAUUGUCCCUCAUCGCGGAGGAAAGGAAUUAGUUAUAAAUGAACGUGAAAAGAAAAAAAAAGAAAA